AUGAUCCACAGUGAGUCUGCUGUCGAGGACCGCUUGCAGCGUCUCAUGCCGGGCCUCUCGCUACACACUGAAGGGAGGCAUUAUCAGAACUGCCUCGAGAUAUACAACCAUGCACUAAACAAGAAACCUCUGGUCUGCGCCCGGCCGCGGACAGAAGAAGAGGUCUCACACCUGGGCAUUCUCAUCGACAUGCGUGAUAUAGACAGCGUCCGCGUCGAGCCGGACCGAGCCAGCGCACGCGUUGGUGGCGGAGUGAUUGCCGGCCACCUACAGGAAACCCUCGAUUCCCACGGCCUAUUCACCCCUACCGGACAGGCAAAAUCCGUGGGGUAUGUCUCAUGGGCCUGUGGUGGAGGAUCCUUGGGGCUCGGUUGGUGUUGGCCGGGGGGGCGCGUUGUUGAUACCAACGAAGAUCCAGAAUUACUGUGGGCACUCCGCGGCGCUGGAGCUGGCACAUGCGGCAUCGUUACGGAGCUUCGCGUGAGGGUAUACCCAGUGCCUAAACUAUACGCUGGCUUCCUGGCCUUUCCCCUGGCCGAGGCUGCCACUGUCAUGGACAGGAUUGGGAAGCUACUAGAGGAUGGCUUUCCCGAUGAAUUCAGCGGAGAUGCUAUCGCCGUAAAUCCUGAAAUGGCUCCGACGCCGGUAGCCGAGCCCUCUACACCAGCCGCCUACGGCUUGGGUGACUCGUCGUCAGGAACCUUCUUCCGCAGUCGAAACGUUGAUCGGAUACAUGAAAAUGUUGAUGCCAUCCUCGCACGGCACCCUCUACCACAUCCGCUAUCCGCUGUCAUAUUUCACAAUAACCAUGGUAAGGGGGUUCGGCACGAAGUCGCAGAUACUGUCGGGGCGGCCUUUCCGAAUCGAUAUCAACAUGUCAUUCUCGGACUCCAUGGUGGCACCAGGCCAGGCCAGGCAGAUGAACAGGAGGUUGAGGAUGCAGCCAGAUGGGUCACAGGAUUGGAGGAAGCGCUUGAUCAGAAUGGUCUUUCCCUGCCAGGAGGGUUCCCUGCAUUUUGGCCCCCGGACCAGGUGGAUGUAGAACGAUUCUUCGGGAAAGAGAGGGUCUCAAGACUGCGGCAAUUAAAGGCGCGACUGGAUCCGAAUGAUCUAUUUCAUCAUGCCCUGCCCGGUUUGAGUCCAGGCUGA